GCUUAUAUAAACGGGUGGCAGACGCUUCGCUUUCACAGAGCCGUAUCCACCGUCGCUGGACGACACACCACCGUCACGCGAACGUUCCUCUCUGCUUCCGUCAGCUGCCACCCCCGGCUUCCGUCAGCGUCAAGAUGCAGCCUAAAGUAACGGUCCUGUGCACGCUGCUGGCGUUCGUAAUUGUCAUCGCGGUUUCAAGCCUCACAGUGGACGCGAUACCGCAUAGCCAUGAAAGUUACUGGGAUCAGCAAGAUGACAUAGACCGGGACGAGUUCCUUGAGUUACUCUCUCGCCUUAGUCGCACCGUAAUGAGCCAUCCUGAGAUGGAAAACACCAAGCGAGGAUUGGAUUUAGGUAUCAGUCGCGGAUUCAGCGGUUCUCAAGCGGCGAAACAUUUGAUGGGACUCGCAGCAGCGAAUUACGCCGGCGGUCCCGGACGGAGGCGUCGCUCGGAACAGGCGUAGAUGGCAGACACAAUCGCCGAUGCAGAGAUUACUAAUCCGUAAUAUCACUUUCGACUCGACCCUAUUACCACUUUGUCUUUACCUCGAGCUUGAAGCUGAUGUGAAAAUUCGCCGUUACCAGUGGUGUAACUAGGCGGGCGUUUGCGCGCUCGAGAGAUAUUCGACCAUUAAUUCCAUUUAGACUUACACUGCAGGGGGAGUGUAUAUUGUAGUAUACAUCUUUGUCUCCUCGAAUCGUAAAUAAUAAGCAAGCUCUCAUCGCGCGAGCUCAAAGAUUACGAUUCUAAUAAGUCGUUUAAAUGUUGUUACACGCGUUACUAGUAUCGAUCGAGUUUUAUCUAUAAUCUAAUCUAAUCUUCAUCUCCCUCUCCCUCCCUCCCCCUCCCCCUGUAGCCUUUGCACUCGAAAUUCUUCGCGCACCUCAGUUAACUAGUUACACCACUAAUCGUGUCCGCUGAAUUGCGUUCGCUGCUGAAUUGUAAACUUUGUUCGAGACGUAAAUAUUUUUGUGGUGACGCUAUUUGGAGAGGUGAUCGAUGGAUCUCAUGUAAGCUAAAGUUCAUCUCACAUGGAAAUAUAUACGUUUCAAUCGGCAUGAGUUUUGGAAUAUUAAAGAGACAGAUCAUUUUAAUUGCGCGCAGACCCAGCCGGAGAACACAGUUGUAUCAAUUAAUAAAUGACAUGCCAUAAAGAAUGUCACAGAUUGAUUUAGAUCGAGCCCAGCUGCGGCUUACUCACACACACAACCGUAUCGUCAAAAUCGGAAUUUCGCAAUAAUUUUGUGGAUUAACGUAAGUCGGGUAUAAUUGGCUUUCGCAAUUGAAAUUCUGCGCCUUUUGUUAUCCGACCAACGAGAAAAAAAUUCACAACCACGGAACGGUGAGAAACGUUUCUAAGUAUGUCACUGUUGCGUCUACUGUCAAAAUUGAUCUUCCAUCUGAAUUACGUUGCGCGCGCGAAUCCUGUGCAGGGAUUAGCAACUUUAUCCAUCCCACGAGAUAAAUGAAGAGGAUAUGGACGCGGCGUUUCGCUGAUACGACGGGCUUCUACAAGUCGUAUGCGAAUCGAUGACGCUCCACUUCCGGACUGGAUUUAUUCCAUCAGUCAUUACUAUCUGCAAUUGAAAUCGUAUACAUACUAGCUCGUCCUACGUUUCCCCGAGCGAAUUGAGCGGCAGAGUUUUCUCUCCCUAAUCCCUUACGCUCGCGGAAUAAUUUUUUUUAUGCUCUAAAAACGCUCGCUUCGUUAUACUUUUAUAUUUCGACGUAUUGUACGAUCACCGUUCGCUCCCGUUCCCAAUCUCGUCCCCUUCUCCUCCUCUUUUCCGAUUUUCUUAGUGAAUCUUGUAAAAAAAAAGAAUCGUUGUACUUAAUAUACGAUAAUUGUAUAAUCGGUGUUGCCGCUCGUUAGGUCAGGCAUGCUUAAAAUUCCUCGUCACGUCGACGAGUACGACUUGCGAAUUUCUCGUCUCGUCGACAAGAAAGAUCGUAAUUUCGCGCGUUGUGAAUUAGAAUAGCGCGAGGAAUAUCGUAUACUGGUUUCGAACGAUCGUGUAUUCCUAUUUUCUUUCCUUUCUUUUCUUUUAUUUCAAAAAUAGAAAGCUCCUCACAAAGCUUAUCGCUUGAAACUGGUUUUGAGAAUUCUAUUACUUUAGAUCACCUGGUUUUACUGACUUCGACGUCUCAUCUCUAAGCCUGUAAUACGUUACUUGCAUAGAAAACUAAAAAUACCGUGUAAAAGUGCGACGUAGAAUUAGUGAGAUUUUUCGGCUUUUUUCGUGUUACAGAUUAUCUCGUUAGAUUUAGUCCGUAAACAUCAGGAGUGCGCAACGUCCUACUUUAAUUCGUCUCGAGAUUCAAGCAAGCUGCGAAGCGAUACAUGUUAUAUUGGUUACAUUUUUUUUUUACAUAUUCGCGCAUCACUGCAUCGCGGAGACACUGUAGACAAACAAUAAAUCGUAAAAGCACCAUACACGCCACUUACCACUUUUUCAAUUUAACCCGAUUAAUUAAUUAAAAUGAUACAGCGUUCUUUGUAAUCCCAAACACCGCGAACGAACUGGCCGCAUCGAUAUCAUCGAUGUGGAACGAAUUCUAUACGCAGUGAGAGCUGAUUUAUUUUAGUUUUAAGCCAAGUACGACCCACUUCAAUAUCUCACUAUCUCAGUUGCGCAUUCCUGUCCACAGGUGGUAACCAAAGUACGCGACAAGUGUUGAUAAUACAUUUCUCAUUAUAACUAAGAUGAUAACGCGCGAUAUAAUAAAAGAAACUCGAAGCAACGACACGUUAAGCUGAGUAAACCAAGCGAGAUUCCAUUUUUUUUGAAAGAUUCAGAUAAUCGGAAGUUUCUAUAUAUCCCAUAUAUUUUAAAUAUUGUCUUAGAAAUAAUACACAGCGAUAAUUAAUUUAAAUACGAUUGUGAUUGAGUGCCAAGGUUCAGUUCAAUUGUCUUCUUAUUCAAGAAACACGUACGUUUCGAAACGAAAAUGCACGGCCUGUAAAAUAAUAUAUUAGCUAAUAAAUAGUUUAACAGCUGCAAAUGAGCGAAAUGACAUUUAUUCUAACAUUUCGCCUGGUAUACGACUUAACAGCAUAUUGCUUCGAAUCUUCAUACGAUAAUCGUAUCGUCCGACGGACGGAGGUGCGAAUUUUAUUUCCUCAUAAAAUUAUUUAAUACUUUACAGAUGUAUAUACGAAUGUCCACGGACGAAGCGACUCGUUUGAUUGUGAUCGCAAAGUCCUGUUUGGUUAUCACCUAUAAUCAAAGCGAAGCGCGUGAAGUCGAGACCUGUCGUUUCUGUGUAUUAUAAAGAGAUUUAUUGCCUCUAGUGGAAACUGAUCGUAAAUAAAAGUUACCUACUUUAACCCA